AUGCGUAGUAUGGACCGAGGAGAGGAGGAGGGAGAGGUGGACCCCUUCAGUAGCAGCAUCCGCGCUGGUCUGGAGUCUCACCUGGAGGGAGACCUUCAGCGGUCAGAGCGGAACAGGCUGAGCGAGAACACCCGCCUGGCCACCCGGUAUGCGGUGAGGAUCUUCAGGGAGUACCUCAGUGAGAAAGCCCAAAGUCCAGACUUUGAAACUCUGGAUAAGGAAGCGCUCUGUGCUGUGCUGCGCUCCUUUUACACGGAGGCGCGCUCCAAAAGUGGACAGUUGUACAGCAAGUCGUCCCUCAUAAGCAUCCGGAGCUCACUGAACCGGUACUUGAACGAGCCACCCUACUGCCGCACCUUGGACCUCACCAAGGACCCCGAGCUGCGCAGUGCCAACCUGACCCUGGCCGCGGUCAUACGAAGGCUAGAGGAGCAAGGUGCCGGUCCCGUGGUGCAGAAACAAGCCAUCACGCGCUCUGACCUGCGGAAACUGUACGAGUCCUCUGUGUUCAACAUCGACACGCCAUUUGGGCUGCUCAACAAAGUCUGGUUCGAGACCUGUAUGUAUUUUUGCACCAGGGGCCGGGAGAACCAGCGGGAGCUGGAGGAGGACUCAUUCGGCCUGGCCGUGGAUGAGGACGGGCGAAAGUUUGUCUAUUUUAAAGCUCUCGGGCCGUACCACAAGUCCCGCUCCGCCGCCUGGACCAAGAAGCGUCCGGACUCAGACGAGGACACCUUGCCGCGGAUGUACGAGACGGGCACCGAGCAGUGUCCGUACGCCAGCUUCGCCCGGUACGUGUCCAAAAGGAACCCGCUCUGCAGGGCGUUUUUCCAGCGGCCCCGGGACCACUGCUGCGCGAGCGACGUGACAUGGUACGAGAACAAAGCCAUCGGUAAGAACCUGUUGGGCACGAGGAUGCAGAUGUUGUCGCGCGCUGCCAAGCUCUCUAAGACUUACACUAAUCACUGCAUCGGCGCCGUCUCUAUAGCAACGCUAAACAGCAUCGUGGGCGCCGCGGGCUCUAGGCCUAAGACGACGCUUUACGUUGCCUCGGAAACGGUCAACGGUCACUCGAAGUCCCACCUGCAGCUCUUAAUACCGUACAUCCGCCGGGUCACAGACUCAGCGGAUCUGAAGCCGCAGCGACCAGCGGCAGCAGCGACAGCAACAACAAUAAACACACAUUUAACAACAACAACAACUCGGAGGGUCAGCAGCGAGGAGGACGCGGGGGCUCCUUCCGCUAAGAAGCUUUGCUUGCGCCCAGGGUCACGCGCGGAGUCGCCUGUGGAGCUGAACGAGAGCGAGUCGGCGCCCGUGAGAACUACGGGGUCCCAAAUUCCUACACAGCCCGCAGUCCGGUUCCCGGUCGCCGCGCCCACACAGGACAGCCCUGGCAGCAGCAGCAGCAUGUCGAGUCAGCAGUUUGUCUCUGUGUCUCCUUUGGGCUCUGCCGGCAUUCCCACGCCAGCUCAGCUCACCAAAACCAACGCACCUGUCCACAUUGAUGUAGGAGGACACAUGUACACCAGCAGCCUGGCCACUCUCACAAAGUACCCUGAGUCACGGAUUGGUCGUCUGUUUGAUGGAACAGAACCCAUAGUGUUGGACAGUCUAAAGCAGCACUACUUCAUUGAUCGAGAUGGCCACAUGUUCCGCUACAUACUUAACUUUCUCCGGACCUCAAAACUCCUCAUCCCUGAUGACUUCAAAGAAUACUCCCUUCUGUAUGAAGAGGCCAGUUUCUUCCAACUGGCUCCUCUGCAGGCUGAGCUGGAGCGCUGGAAGACUGAGCAGGAAUACAGAAAUGUGUGUCAGCAGUGUGAGUGUGUCGUGGUUCAUGUGGCUCCAGAGCUCGGAGAGAGGAUCAGCGUGAGUGCCCACCGGGGCAUGAUUCAGGAGGUUUUCCCUGAGGUCAGAGACGUCAUGACCAAUUCCCUGAACACCAGCUGCAACCAGGACUCCACACACAUCAUCCGUUUCCCUCUCAACGGCUACUGCCACCUCAACUCUGUUCAGGUGUUGGAACGGUUACAGCAGAGAGGGUUCUGGAUCACAGGUUCAUGUGGCGGCGGAGUGGACUCUUCUCAGUUUAGUGAAUACAUUCUACGAAGGGAGGGCCGAGGCAGCCAACAUCCCCCCAACCUCAUACGAAUCAAACAGGAAUUUGUGAACUGAACUCAGAGGAAAUCAACAAAGGCCAACACCAUCAACUGGUCUGUGCAAGCACGUGGACAAUUUGUCAAAUGGAGAGCAGCUUAACUUCAGCAUGAAAGAAUGCAACAACGUAACCAGACAUGAACACAGAAUCUCUUAUGUUUUUACGAGAUGUUGGUGUAUCUCCUUUGAUACUUUACUUACAGUUUCCACAUUCAUGUCAGACAGUAGUAUCAUAACAGUAAAAAAAUAAAUCCAUCAGAGCAGGGAUUGCAGGGGAUCAUGGGAUGGGAAUCAUGGGAUCAUGGGAAAUGUUGUCCUAAUUUUGAGAUAUACUAGUUUAGCAUUUCUCUUGAUAUGAAAUGGAGGUUAGUAUUUAGGGCUGUGGCGUAUGGAUAAAAUCGUUUAUCGUGGCAGAUGUCAUCAUCUACCAUGACCAUAUGUAUUUAUAAGAAUGUUGAUACUAUGUGUGAAAAUGUGCCCUCAACUUAAAUCAUGUAGCAGUUAUUUAGUGGGUUAAACAAAAUAAAGCCUAUAAUCAUAAACAACAAUCUAAUCCCUGAAAUUAAAGUGAAGUCCCGAGCCAGGUAAAUCCAGGCAUUUUGAAUGUUUGCAUUGGCAAUAAAUCCAGAUGUUUGCUCUUGGAACAACAGCUGUCAAAAACCCCU